CGCAGACGCUUAACUUUCACUUUUCCACGGCUGAUCUAGAGGCACGGAAGAAGACCACAGCCAUGAAAGCCUUCGUCGCCAUCGCAAUUUUGUCUGCAGCUUCACUGGCCUAUGCUGCGCCCGGGUCAAAGGUGGACCUCAGCUCUGGGCUUGGCGGCAGCCUCCCUGGAACUGGAAGCAGUCUUGGAUCUAGCAAUGACCUGAGCCUCGGUGGUGGACUCAGCGGCUCCGGGCUGAGUAGUUCCGGACUUGGCGGAAGUAUGAGUGGCGGGCUUUCAAGUAGUUCAUCGGGACCUAGUGGCUUCGGAGGCAUGAGUCUCGGAGGAUUUGGUUCUUCCGCUUCUAGUAAACCUCGUCCUGGCGCUGGACCAGUGGGAGCAGGCCCACAGGGAUUUGGUGGUUUCUAUGGAGGUGGUUUCCCAGUAGGCUACGGUGGAUACUAUGGCCCCGUAGGUUACUAUGGAGUGCCAUUUGGCUUCGACUCGGGCGACUUCUACGGCUUCGGAGGCUACGGCGGUGGACUCGGCGGCUAUGGCUACGGUUUCCCAGGUUAUGGCUAUGGCUACGGUUUCCCUGCUUGGGGGGGCUGGGGCUGGGGUUCCGGAAUCUCCGGUGGCCAGAGAAACCUCCGUGGUGGAAGACAAAGCAGGCUCGCUGGAGCCAGUGGAAGCAGUUCCGGCUCAUCAUCCAGCACUUCCUCUAGUUCCAGCAGCACGUAAACAGCGUACGUCGUCAUUGCUCAGGUUCCUUACAUCAACGUGACCCAUGGUGCGUCCCCGGUCUUUUCUAAAGAACAGCAAGAAGACUCUUCAAUGUAGGGAACCAGUGAAAUUUCGACAACGCAGCCUUUCCGAAUAAAAAUAUGCAGCAUAUCAAGUAAAAA